AUGGUUACAGCAGUUCUCCUAGUGCAAAAAGCAACACCAGAAACAAUCACACAAUUUCACGAUCAAAUAUCCAAUGAAUUACCCACGACUAAAGGCAAAUGGAGUUUCAAUUUCAAAAUAUUCAAGAACAAUCAAUAUUCAAUUCCUAUGGAAUUAGUAAAUACUCAUACGCAAGCACCAGAAUCAAAAUAUUUGUACACCCUAUCACCUUCUUAUUUACCAGAUUCAACAAUCACUCUCAUUAACGGUAGAUCUGCUGGUGUGUUUACAAAUUCCAUUGAAGAAGAAAUUAGUGAAUUGGGACAUCCUACAGAAUUGAGUAUACCAAAUGAACAUUUACAUAGAGGAGCAACAACUGGCCUUAAUGAUAGAUUUGAUGCAUUUAUUGGUGCCAAGCUACAAAGUUUAUGGAGUCAAAGGCAGUUAAUUAAAGGAGAUGGUGGACAAAUCUAUGAAUUAGAGAAUGGGAACUUGUGUAUAAGAACUUCAAAUGUUUUCCUUCAUGGUCUUUUCCGUGGAUUAUUAUUGGAAAUUGAAUUGAAUAAUUUUGACGGUAAGAAUGACAAUGUCAAGGAGAGGUUUGCCGAGAUAAUCAAGAAAUAUGGAUUUCCUGAAGGUGAUCUCUGUUGUGAUGUAUUAACAACAAAGUUUUUGGAUAAAUAUGGUGACCUUUGUUUGCAAUAUUCUAAAUCAUUAGGAAAUAUAUAG